UAAACAAAGAGACCAAAGUUCAGGCUGCAACUCUGAUUUGAACCCUAGACAUGAUUUAAAAUCAUUUUACUCCUAGAAGCCUUUAAUAUUUUAGUGUAUUUACUGAUAUGGAUAAUACCGUUAAGUAUAACAAAUAUAUGCUAAAUAUUAUGAUAAGAUUUUAUGUCUAGGGGACAGAAUUGUACAAAUAUUUCUGAAUCUGUAGGUCUGAAUGUACACACUAAUCCUGAGGCAUUUAUAUUAAACAAAACCUUUACAACGUUUCUAAUAAGAGAAAAGAUUAUUAAAUGCAGCGAUCCAACAUUGUUCCCUUUUAAUGCACAAUUCGCAGGGAUCUCAGAACUGCAAUAAAAAAGUGUAUGUUUGCCAUCAUGAUUGUGAAACACACAAUGAGAGGACGUGCAGGAGAUCUUGCAGAAGAGUGAUUAUGCCUUAACCACUGAGUGACACAGUGAUAUAUUUGUUUUCUCUAAAUGUAAUGCAUACAAUUGUAACCCAAUGUUUUAUGCUAUGACGCCUGUAGCUUUCUUCAAAUCUUACUGUGAAGUUUGUGUGAGUUUAAAGCCAUGAUUACAACCUGGUGUGUUCAAAUUCCUUUAAGAAGAAAAUAAAAAAGAGGAGAAAAAAAAAUUAUUAUUAUUUUUUUUUUGAGGGAAUAGUAUCUCAUUUAAAAAAAGGUUCUCUACCUGUAAUUACACAAAUUUUCCUCAUAAUGAUAUUCAUAUCAGGACUAGAAGGUAGCACUGAAUGAUUAAGUAGCAAAACAAAGUUAGAAUUGUCAAAGUAGAAUGAUUACAAAAACUCAUCUUUACUGAAAUGAAUGAAUAUAUGGAUGAAUGAAUCAAUUAAUAAAAUAAUUAAUGAAUGGGUGGAUAAAUUAAUGAAUGGAUGCAUAAAUGGUUGAAUGAACGAAUGAAUGAAUGGUUACUCGAUGUUCUGAUAUCCCAGAGACUCCAUGAGUUGCCUGCUGUUAGGUCUGAUAUUGAUUAGUCUGAAAAAAGAGACUAAAAUGUGUUUCUUUCAGUAGAAAAAAAGUAUCAAAUUGUUAUGUUACACGGCCAUCUGGAGGAGUUCACAACUUCAAGUGAAAAAAAAUCGAACCUCCUGGUUCCUCCUGCUAUUCAAAUCUAUGAAGAACAAAAACUCAAAGCCUGAUGCGUUUAGAGCAGCCAAUCAGCGUGACGCGGCUCAUCGCGCAACCAAUCAGAGCGCCGAUGAUCAACCGUCCCAAGGGCGGAUCUAUUGAAAAAAAAAUAAUGCGGAGAAAGUUGUGCGGGUUGAGACUCGGGAAUGUGUGGAAGAGAAAGAGGAAGAGAUAAAAUCUGGUGUGAGUAUCCAAGUGAUCCAUUUUUAUCGAUUCCUGAAGAAAAUAUAGUUUUUGGGAUCGGGAUUUCAUGGCUUUGAUCGCAGCAGAUCCCCGGUGCAAACCGACCGGUUUGAGCUGCAUCUCGGCUGUCAGGAACGAGUGUGUGGAGAAUAAACCCAAAGCUCUGAAAAACCCCGGUAUGCAAUCACAAGACGCAGAGUGGUCUGAGGGUCUACCCAAAGCCUUUCUGCACAGCCUGAGGACUCUGUUCGACAUACUAGAUGAUGGAAAGCGGGGUUUCGUGCACAUCUCAGAGAUCGAAAGUCGGUGGCAAGGCGCAGAAGCGCAGGAUCUUCCCGGCGGUGUGCUGGAGAGUCUGAGGCGGAUCGCGCCGCCGCACGGCUGCCUGACUUUCGAGCGCUUCGUCGCGGGACUCCGGUCGUCGAUCCUCCACCCGGACAUCGCGCGUCCUCCAAACCACGCACAGAAGCAGCACUUCCUUCCAAACGGGUUCAGAGUGCGACCGCUCGGGCCGAGCAACGGGACUAAUGUUCAUCACGGCGGCGGAAGGGACAGGGACAGGGGACGUGCCUACGCCAGCGCGAGCAAACGCUGCGCGAGCGACUCCUCGUCCUACGCGAAUUCCGGCGCGCAGCCGUGCACGAGGAACGGCAGGAGCCUGGAGCGCGUUCACGCGGCGCCCGACCGGGCAGAUUCGUUUCGGGGGCAGGGGCCCACCCGUGUGCAGUCAGCCGAAUCAAUCUCGGUUGAUCCCAUUUUUCACAAGCCAGGUCAGCAGCAUGGUGAACGUGUUGGUCUGCCUCGGUCACAGAGUGAGUCUACGACAGGGUUCGCAGCGACCAGGAGGCACAGCAGGAGCCGAGAAGAGCCGAGGCGACACACCAUCACUAAUGGGGUCGACUAUGGAAUGCUAAAGCAGAUGAAGGAGCUGGAGCAGGAGAAGGACUCACUGCUGUCUGGACUGGAUGUGGUGGAGAGAGCGAGAGAGUGGUACCAGAGUCAAAUCCACAACGUGAACGAAAGACAGAGGCUAAUCGGGCAGAGUGGCCACCUCACUGAUUUUCUAACAGAAUCCAAUCAAUGUCGCUUGAACGUCCUCCUGCCCAAACUACAGGAAGUGAACCGCUGCCUUAGUGAGCUCAUUUCCUGCUCUGGAAUGACUUCUAUCGUUUCUCCAAGUGUCCCACCCGUUCCUGCUCCUCCACAAGCCAUCCAGAGACUGAAGGAUCAGAACCACCUUCUCACAAAGGAGGUGACGGAGAAGAGUGAACGCAUUACUCAGUUGGAGCAGGAGAAAUCAGCUCUGAUUAAGCAACUGUUUGAAGCCCGAGCUCGCACCGCUCAUGAAAACAGUGUCUUCGAUUCAACCUUCAUAUAAGGAUUUGGUUCACAGACCACAGCCAAAUCCCAACUUUUACUUAGCCAAAGGACUGAAAACACUCCCUCAAUACACCAGACUGUGACUUUACAGUGACUGCUGCUUUCAUGGUGUACUGAUGCGCUUCUGUUUGACUGCACGCAAACACACGCAGAGGUUAAAUGUCACACAUUUCUUCACAAGCAAGAGCGGCUCUAUCUUUAAACCACUUUUGCAUGACUGUUGCCACGUUUUUGUGCACUGACAGAUGUUGAUGGAUCAGUGGCUUCCAGUUUGAACUUGAGUUGUAUUUUCAAGUUUUGUUUCUUGUUUUUCUUUUUAUGAAUGUACACGAAUGCUCUAUGAUCAUUACACUCCUGAAACCAUCAUAUGACAGACAACAGUCAGAUGAAGAAACGGUGAUCUCAUAUUAUGGAUUUUUGUCAUUCUGGGCCUCAUUUAUCAAACUGGCUACGAUCUGAGUGAGUUUUGGAAAUCAUGAGAAAAAUACCUUUAGCUCGGAAAAAUGUUUGGUAGCUAUGAGAGCUGCGGAGUUUGUGUAAAUGUACAUCACUAAUGUAAACCUUACAAGGUGCGUUUUACUUUACAGCAUAGUAAAAUUCUUUCUGUUUGCAUAUCCCAGAGAUGUUAGGAAGCUGGGGUCAGAGUGCAGGGUCAGCCAUGUUACACACCUCUCUAGCACAUAAGGUUAAAGGCCUUGCUCAAAGCUCAUACUGAUACUGGCGAUACCAGAGCUUGAGUCGUAUAAUUGGCAUAGAUUUAAAUUAUUUUUUAUUGCAAUUGCAUACGUCAGUUUAUUUGGAAUUAUGUGUACCUCAAUUGUAAUUGAAUUGCAAUCAAUCAAAUUUUUUGCUUGAUUAUUAUGUACUUUUGGAAGAUUAAGCAACUUCCACUUGAUUGUGUCUAUCCCCCCCCACACACAUAUAUAAUAUGGAUAGAUAUAUAAUAUUGAUAUAUAAUAUGAAUGUAGACAUGUACACAAGUAUAUUAUUUGACACACAACAUUAGCAUGUGGCCUUCAUUUCUUAGGAGGACAAGUGUUGACACUCCAUCUUCUAUGCACGCAGUUUAAAAUAAGUACAAUUGAGUAUUUAGUGAGCACCGCCUUUAGGGGGCGCUCUUUCACUGUUUAGUCCUCACUAAUUUUCCACAUUGCCUUUUAUAAAAUCUCGUGGGCGCCACAUAUACAUCAAGUGUACUGUGAAUGUCUGCGAAGCCUAAGAACACGUUUUUUACACAACUUUACAAACGAUUGAUAAAUGAGGCCUAUGAAGAACUGUAAAUAGUGGGAUUUACAUUCCUAAGCACUGAAAGGUACGAUGAGAGAAUGAGAAGUUUAUAAUGAACCCUGAACUCAACCACACUCAAGAAUCACAGACCCACAGUUUCAACAGAUGCCAGGAUUUGUUUGUAUGUUUUAAAAUACGGUACUGAAAUGGGUUUUAAACGAGCGAAUGAAAUGAAGGUGCAAAGGUUGUAGUGUAAAUCACUUUCUACUGAACAGUUCGGUAAAAAGUGAUUUACACGAUGCAAAAAUCAUCACAAUCAUUGAAAAUAAGUGGUCUUACUCCUUGUCCAACUGAAUUAACCAUAAUCACAUUGAUUUGAUUUUCAGUAUUGGUGUUUUUUCAGCUCUUAAGUUCUACAGACAAUGGAAUUGCCAAUACUCAGUACUGUGUUUUGGCUCUUAAUUUCUUCCCUUGCGCAAACUCUUGCAACAUCAUUUGUACAAACAUUCCCUAGUGUUUUCAUCUCUUUCAUCAAGUGAACACACCUGGCACCUGGUGAUCUUGUAGGUUUUGUCCUGGAGUACAUGUUUACUCAGUCCUGAAUAAGCUUUUUUUUAUUAUUUGUAAAACCAUCUCUUUUUUGGUUCCUCCUUUGCCCCCAGAUCCCCCCCUUCAAAUGAAUGGCUUUAAUAGGUACGUUUUUUUUUUGGCAAGAUGGAGGGAAUUUCGAGGUAUGAUGCAGGACGGUUCUUUGCAUGUGAAAAAGACUUGGAGUGUCGAGUGAAAGACGGUCGAGGGAGGAGAGCGUUUUUAUUUUCUCUGUAUUUUUUGAAUGUACACGAACAACUUCAUGUGGUGUUCGUCUCGCUAGAACUGUACAAGUCUGAGAUAUUGUUUGAAGGACCAUAGUGUGUGUGACAAAUGAAUUGUGUUGGGUGGUAUAAAUUACUUCUUGAUGGUUGUAACCAGUGCAGACACACGGUUUGUCAAAUUUCACAAGGGGCUUUAAAUGGAGUCAUACCUGAACAUUGGGGUUCUUUGUUGUAAGGUUCAACCUCUAUUUGAAGGGUUCUAAAAACAUAGUUAAAUAAACACUCUUAGAAAAAUAA